AUGGCGGCGGAGGUCCCUCAGCAGCAGCCGGAGCCGCUCGGCCCCGAUGCGGACGUACGGCACCCCUCCCAGAUCGCUGUGCAGAACCCGCUGGUGUCGGAGCGCCUGGAGCUGGCGGUGCUGUACAAGGAGUACGCGCAGGACGACCACAUCUACCAGCAGAAGAUCAAGGACCUCCUGCAGAAGUAUUCCUACAUCCGCAAAACGCGGCCGGAUGGGAACUGCUUCUACCGCGCCUUCGGCUUCGCUCACCUGGAGGCGCUGCUGGAGGACAGCCAGGAGCUGCAGCGCUUCAAGGAGAUCUCAGCACGCAGCAAGGACGAAUUGGUGGCCCAGGGCUUCACCGAGUUCACGAUCGAGGAUUUCCACAACACGUUCAUGGAGCUGAUUGAACGUGUGGAGCGCGGCGUGCCGCUGCCGGAGCUGCUGGCAGCCUUCAACGAGCCCAGCACCUCAGACUACCUGGUGGUUUACCUCCGCCUGCUCACCUCAGGCUGCCUCCAACGCCACCGCCGCUUCUUCGAGCAGUUCCUGGAGGGCGGACGCAGCAUCAAGGAGUUCUGCCAGCAGGAGGUGGAGCCCAUGUGCAAGGAGAGCGACCACAUCCACAUCAUCGCGCUGGCGCGGGCGCUGCAGGUGCCGGUGUUGGUGGAAUACAUGGACCGGGGCGAAGGCGGCGCCACCAACCCCCACGUGUUCCCCGAGGGUUCACAGCCCCGCGUCUGCCUCCUCUACCGCCCCGGCCACUACGACAUCCUCUACAAGUGACCGCGCGGCCUCGCACGAGUCCCCCGAGGGCUCUGCAGGGCUUUGCACGAGGCCUGCGGGGUUCUGCGCGGCUCGCCGUGGCUCCAUGAGGUCUUCAUGCGAGUCUCAUGGGCCUUUGCACGGCCGUGCGUGGCCUUGCACGAGUCCUGCAGGUCCCUGUCAGGCCUUGCACAACCCUCCAGGGUCUCGAGCAGCCUCACGAUGGCCUCGCACGAGCCCUGCUGGGCCUUGCACGAGUCCCCGUGCGCUCUCGCACGGCCCUUGUGCAUCCCCCCUCCCCCUCGGUUCCAAAUAAAGAUGUGGCCCCCCCUC